GCUUGUGACAUCGCCCGUGGUCUCACAAAUCAGUCGCGGACAGUCUUGAUGCAUUCUUUUACCGGGGUCGCCGGCCAAGCGGAAGAAAUCAGGCAGGCCGGACGCUCAACAUUUCGUCAGGGGAAGCACGCCAUGAUCUAAACCCCAACAACAAGAAGGAUACAGAUCGAUCGAUUCACCACUCCCAAAGAAAAAGGAACGGAAACGGCAAGCAGGCACGCGGCCGCGGCAGGCGAUGUGCUCCCAGAAGUCCAACUUUGACGCCUUCCAAUGGGACGCGCAAGACCUACCCGAUUUUGUCCCUCCAAACUCUCGUCGUCCUUGAUCCCACCAGUCGAACCCACAAAAAAGACUCUCUCCUCCUGUCCUUGGACCUUGGAGCCAGUCCAAACUUGCAAAGCUUGAUCUUUGCCUUCCUGGUUGGUUAAAAAAAUUUGAGCUUUGCCGACCUCUUCGGGUUUUAGGGGUCGCCGACUGGUAAUUUGGGUUCGAGAGGAGACUCCCUGGCAGCAGGGGACUUGUAAUUCGUUCCAGAACUUUGGGGUUUUAAUUCCCAAUCCAAUCGGGUCCCAAGCUGCGUCGCGGUGAGCUGGAUCGGGAAGGAGGCGUCUCGGAGGCAGUUGCUGGAAUCUACAGCGCUCAACUGGUGGACAGGUAUCCAUUACUCACAGUGCAAAAGGGGGUGAGUGGUGGGCAAAGAUGACAGGAACUCAGGAACAAGUGGAAACAAAAGCAUAAAGCAGCAAAGGUAUCUGUACCAAGGUGCGUCUCCUACAAGAGAGUUGACAAAGGAGCUUUGUUGAAGGGAGGGGAGAUGGUGAAGAAGAAGCUGAUGAAACUGUAUGGCAAGGAUGCACGGGAGUUCUUUAACCAGGUCAUGGUGGAGCAGCCCUUGCUGCCCUUCCUUAUACCUCUUGGCCUGUUUGUGUGGUUCGUCGAAAGGUGGGUUGUGCCAUUCUCAAACUGGGUUCCCCUCGGCGCUGCCGUUUGGGCAACCAUUCAGUAUGGGAGAUUUAAAAGGAGGAUAACUGUAGAUGAUUUGAACAAAAGAUGGAAGCAUCUUAUACUGAACACAACACCCACCACACCGAUAGAGCCUUGCGAGUGGUUGAACAAACUUUUGUUACAAGUUUGGCCCAAUUACAUGGAACCAAAACUAGCAAGAAGGUUUCAAUCUACUGUUGAGCGACGUUUAAAGAGUCGAAAACCAAAACUAGUAGAUAAAAUAGAAUUACAGGAAUUUUCACUUGGUUCUUGUCCACCAACCUUAGGAGAUCAGGGGAUGCGCUGGAUCACUUCUGGUGACCAGCAAGUCAUGCGCUUGGGAUUUGAUUGGAAUAGCCACGAGAUGAGUGUAAUGUUUUUGGCAAAAUUAGCAAAGCCACUUAUUGGCACUUGCCGCAUUGUUAUAAACAGCAUUCACAUCAAGGGAGAUCUUCUACUAUCACCUAUACUUGAUGGUGAAGCUAUCCUCUAUUCUUUUGAAUCUACCCCAGAAGUCAGGAUUGGGGUAGCAUUUGGCAGUGGUGGAAGCCAAGCAAUGCCUGGUAUGGAGUUGCCAGGUGUCUCAACAUGGCUGGUAAAGCUUUUGACUGAAACCAUAGUGAAGACAAUGGUUGAACCUCGCCGCCUAUGUUUUUCUUUGCCAUCAGUAGAUCUAAAGAAACGAGCAGUUGGAGGUGUUCUUUCAGUUACUGUUGUUUCAGCUAGUAACUUUGGCAGAAGGAGCACAGCUAUUGAGUUAGGGAACCACCAAAGCUCAAGUGGAGGAACCAUGUCUGUAAUUGCUGAUAGCAAGGUAUCACAGACAUUUGUUGAGGUAGAAGUUGGCAAUUUGAUGAGAAAAACAAGUACCUGUAAGGGUCCAAAUCCUACAUGGAACAGAACAUUUAACAUGGUACUGCAUGGAGAGAUGGGUGUUGUCAAGUUUCUUCUAUAUGAAUUGGAUUCCAGUGGUGUCAAAUUUAAUUACUUGACAAGCUGUGAGAUAAAGGUCAAGUAUGUUCAUGAUGGUUCAACAAUAUUUUGGGCUAUAGGGCAUAACUCUGGCGUCAUCGCAAAACAUACGGAGCAUUGCGGACAAGAAGUUGGAAUGGUUGUUCCAUUUGAGGAUAGUCAGGGCCAGUUAACUGUUAGCCUUGUGCUAAAAGAAUGGCAAUUCUCUGAUGGGUCGGUUACAUUGGGCAAUUCUCUGAGCGAUGGACUUCAAUCCCCAUUUGAUGGAUCACAAAAGCUUCAGUCCAGAACAGGAAGGAAACUUAGGGUCCGAGUAGUUGAGGGCAGGGCCCUUACAGUGAAUAGUAAAUCUGGAAAAUGUGAUCCUUAUGUGAAACUUCAGUACGGAAAGGCUCUAUACCAAACGAAAACGCUGUCCCAUACAGUUCGACCAGUUUGGAAUGACAAGUUUGAGUUCGAUGAGAUCGCUGGUGGUGAAUAUCUACAGAUCAAAUGCUAUAAUGCAGAUACAUUUGGUGAUGAAAGCAUCGGUAGUGCAAGAGUUAAUUUAGAGGGACUUUUAGAUGGUGCUAGCCGUGAUGUCUGGGUCCCACUUGAAAAGGUAAAUUCGGGAGAGAUCAGGCUUGAAAUAGAGCCAGGAAAGAACGAUGACAGCAAUAGCAUGAAGUCCUUCCUUUUUCAGAGCUCAAGUAAUAAGGUUGGAGCUGGUUGGAUUGAGCUAGUUAUAAUUGAAGCCAGAGAUCUUGUUGCUGCCGAUCUGAGAGGCACUAGUGAUCCUUAUGUCAGAAUGCACUACGGGAGCAACAAGAAACGAACCAAGGUCAUUUACAAAACACUCUCUCCGCAGUGGAACCAGACAUUUGAGUUCCCAGAAACUGGAGAACCCCUGAUUUUGCAUGUCAAGGAUCACAACGCUGUCCUUCCAACCGCUAGUAUUGGCCAUUGCACUGUCGAAUACAGCAUGCUCUCUCCAAAUCAAUCUGCCGAAAAAUGGAUACCACUCCAAGGAGUAAAAAGUGGAGAAAUUCAUGUAAAAAUUGCGCGAAGGGUACCAAACUUGGAAAAGAAAACCACGCUAGCGACAGAUGCAUCAGGCAAAGGACACACAAUAUCGACACAGAUGAGAGACAGCUUGAAGAAAUUUACUGGCUUGGUUGACGAGGGCGGUGACCCAGAGGCCCUGUCGUUAGCCGUGACAGAGAUGGAAAGCAUCCAGAUCGAGCAGGAACUGUACAUAGAACAGCUCGAGCGGGAGAAGGCAAUGUUGUUGCGUAAAAUACAUGAGCUUGGUUCUGAAAUCAUUAGAACAUCAUCUAGCCCUGCAAAGACGCCGUACUAGUUAGAUCGAUAGAUGUAGUCCACUGAACACUAUAGUAUCCGCAAACCGCAACUAUAUUUAUGGGCAAGGGCAAAGACUAUAUAUAUUUCUACAUAUAUCAGUGAGCGGUAGUAACUUGUAAGUAGCCAGAUGGGUAGAAAACCCUACGCAUAUUUGUAGUGCUUUGCUGAUGGAGCUUGCUGAAGUUGCUCCACCUUGUACACAACACGCAGCCGCUGGGAAAUUGAGUAGGAAGAAAUGAUGUUCCAAUUAGAGAUGAAAACGGAUGGAAUCAACUAUUUUGAUCUGUUUUCUAUAUUUUUCUGACUAUUUUCGGAUUUUUAAGUCUUAUGUGGAAAUAGGACGAAAAUGGUUUUGUUGUUUCCUGAUCAAUAUAUAUUGGUAUCUCAUUUUUAA